UGUGUAUUGAUAAAUAUUUAUUUGUUUCGGUUGUAAUUUAGUUUGUUUUUGGGAUAAAAUUGGCCUGAUAUGACCGAUUUUAACCGUAGAUUGUAGAUUGUAAGCAGCCGAUGUCGUUUUAAAGUUUAAAUUAAUCAUGUUAAUUUUAGUAAUAUUGUAAUGUAGAAGGCUGAUUGAGUGGUAAUGACUCAUUACAGAGAUUCAGCUUAUUUUUCAAAGUUAAUAUCGCUAGAGGGCAUACCGAAGGAGUUCCUCCCAAACCUUGACGACAACGAUUCUGUGAUAAGUGAGCCUCAGUUUAGAAAGAAUGAAGAUGAAUCUGAGCGCGAAGCUAACUUUGAGGCCCAGGAAAAGGAAGAAGUUGUGAGGAAGACGGCGGAGCGGAAGUUAGAGUGGCCACUGUGUUGUUGGAUUUGUAGGCAACCAAUAACAAAGAAAAAGACAUACAUUAUCUGUACUGACAUGUGUAAACGGUCGUAUCAUAACAGAUGCCACGACUUUAUGAAGAAUUACUUCCGCAGUAUCUACGACAAAGUUAUCGCCAACAAGAAAUCCUCACCCAAUAAUAAUAUCUCAGAGUUCAAUAUUGAUCUUUCUUACUUCAAUGACGGCUCUGUUUUCACCUCUGAUCUUGACCUCAAAGUUGAUACCGACGAUGUAAACUGUAAUUCUGAACAUUCUUUCAACGCCGAUGAUUCACAUACCUUUAUCGAUAACUGGAAGUUUUACAACACCACCAAUGCCAACUCUGCUACCACUAACACUGUAAACAAUUCAAACAAUGUUGACUCUGUUGACAAAGUUGAUAAAGUUGACACAGUUGUUAAAGUUGAUAAAGUUGAGUCUGCAGGCACGGAUGAAUCUGUAGAAUCCGUAGACGAAAUGAAUGUGGAGGAUAAUGUUAGUGUUGAUGAUGUUAAGGUUGAGAAUGUUGAGAGGAAAUGUUUCUUUUGUUCAAUAUCACACAUUGGCUGUAACGGUUGCAGGCAAUUUUUUGUGCCCAAAAACUUGGUAAAAUGUUGCAUUGAUGAGUGUCCUACGUUCUACUGUUAUCCAAACUGUUUGUCUAGGACCAGGAUAAUAAUCCCGGACAAGAAGGUGAUUGACAUAAACAUGAGCAUGUGUGGUCAUUUACAUAAUUUGGUAGACUCUAACGGGCGUCCGAAGUUCAUUUGCCACUCUCACACAUGCUGGAGCUGCUAUGACUGUGACCGCUACUCCUACUACUGGGAAUCAUUUUGGCGUAACGAGUAUGGAAAGGGGAAUAACGCCUCCCUAGUUUCAGCCUGGAACACGCUUAAAACUUCGUGUAGAGGAAAGGUUGAAUCUUCCCACUUUGCAAAGGGGAAGAAAAUAGCUAAACCGCAACGGUACCCAGAUGUCAGAGGGUUUAAAACAUUUAUCCAGUCGAGAUCGUAUUCAGUGUUUUCCACCAACUCUGAUGACUUAUAUGACUCAUCAGAUGAUGAGGAGGAGUAUUUCCAGAAAGGACCGUCAAGUGUACUUUUAAAGUGUAUCCGCUGUGAUAGGACUUGGUGUACUCACUGCGUUCAUCCGGAUGUACACAUUGUACCAAAAUCUGGGAAACAAAUUGUGUGUCAAGAUUGUAUUCAUGUGCAGAUUGGAUGUACUUUGGCUCAAAACUCACGGGAUUCAAGUAAUAUGUCAAAUAUUGUCAAGAGGGAGUGUAUAUAUCCUGUGAUAAGAUUGGAUACGAGUGUCCCUACGGAGAUAUUUACGCAGUUAAAAAACUUCAUAACUGAGCAUGCGAAUUAUGAAAAGAAGUUAAAUUUAGAGCCGUCAUUUAUAUCCAAACAUCCAGCGCAGGAUUCUGACGAUGAUUUGCAGUUACUUGAUUUACACAAGUCCAUACUGCAAAGAGCUAAGUCAAGACGUAGUAAAAAGGGAGACUCUAACUCCAGUUCUAAAUCUUCCCAAAACAAAUCAACUCAAAAUAAAUCCAACCAACCACCCAAAUUAGAUCAACAGUACCAAUCGAAAACUGGUCAGGUGUCGAAACAGUUUGGCGUUUCCAAAGAAUGGAAUAACAUAAUCAAACAAUCUGACGAAUCUGUUUUGAACAAGAUAUCGAGUGAGUUUAGAUAUGUAACCUCGAAUGUGAUAAGUGCUGAGAAUAAAAAGUUGGUAGUGGCACCGGAGGCUGAGAUGAAAUGUCAUUGUGAUAAAAAGUGUGGAUCAGACUGUAGUAAUGUUACGAAAAACAUCGAGUGUACUGUGAAAAACUGUGGAUUAGCUGACGUAAACUGUGGUAACAGAAGAUUUGCACACUUUUCAGGUCCGAAACUGAGACUUAAUUAUGUUGACGGCAAGGGUGUGGGAGCUGUGGCUACUGAGGAGAUUGGUGAGGGAGAAUUGGUUUGCGAGUAUGUUGGUGAAGUGAUUUCACAGGCUGAUUUCCAGCGUUGUCUGGCAAGUGCAAGUUUUGCAGAAAUUGAUGACGGGAAUCAGAGUCACUGGUACGUCAUGAAGAUACACAGGGAUACUUACAUUGACUCAACUCACCUGGGCAACGUUGCAAGGUUUAUCAAUCAUUCGUGUGAUCCAAACUGUGCCAGUGUCCCAAUCAACGUUAAGGGUACUUACCGGAUGGGAGUGUUUGCACUGAGAAAAAUUAAACAGGAUGAAGAAGUUACGUAUAAUUAUGGCUUCACAUCGAAGGGAGUUGGAGGUGGUUUCAGGUGUAGAUGCAGGGCUAAAAACUGCAGAGGAAUUAUAGGCUCACAAUUGGCACACUCGCCAGACUCACUCAUGAGUAUUGAGGCCUCCAAAUUCUCAGGAGCUGAAGCUGAUGUGCUGUCACAACUAACCACUGACAUGUCUUCGUUAACAGUUGCCAAUAAGACUCAAUCACUAAAACAGCAACCGUCACCACUGGAUGUAUUGAAUGGCAUUUGGACCUGUGGCGACUUACACAGAUAUGAAAAAAUUGUGGAAGUUUUAGAUAAAAUGAAUGGUGGAAGCUUGAGUAACCCGUUGAAAUAUUUGUUAGCAGAUAACGCUCACGUGUCUGAGGCGCAGUUUAAUUACGUAAAACUGCUCACACUGAACUCAAUGUCAUUUCUGGAUUUCGAUAUUGCAAAUACCAAAAAAUUUGCAACUAAUGUGCCCUGGGCACUCAUAGCCAUGGGCCAUAAAGAUAUUUCAUCACAAGUGUCGAUGGAGUCUAGUACGGGAUUUUUCGAUUUUUAUCAACCUGCAAAACGCUUCAUACAAAUCUACUCGAUGUUAUUGGCUGGAAAAAAAUCAGGAAAACAAGCAUGUGAAAACAUUCAAGAUCUCAUGGACCUAACUUGGGGCGGAACCGAAAGUUGUUCGGCAUGUGGCGGGUAUGGAGACUGUAAGUGGUGUGACAGAUGCGGAGACGUGUUACACGACGAUAACAACUGCGGCGACUUCUACGUCAAUAAAGAAGGCUACAACACCUGCACCAUGUGCCAAAACUCCGAUCACAGAUAUAAAUGGUAUUUAUCGAGUAAUAUUGAGAGGGAAAAAAUGGCGAUGGAGUUGUGGUCGAUAAGGAUGAGGAAAAAGGUUGAUGAACACUUCCAACUGUUAUCAGAGCUGUGUACCAGAGAAUCAAAGGGAAAGAGUGCAGAGUUAGGGAAAAAAUAUGAAAUGUAUAUUGACGAAAAAAGAUUAUUUUGUACCGGAAACGAAUAUGAAUUGUUUAAAAAAGACCCGAAACUGUACUAUGAGUCACAGGAGAAGGAGAAAAAUUACUGCCUGGAAUCAAUGACCACAUUUGAAUGUUAUACCUGACCUUUAUAUACAUUAGAAAGGGGUAAAAGGUGUUUAAUACACAUUUUUGAAAUUUUU